AUGGGGGUGGUGGGAGCUGUGGUGGAUGCUGCCAUCUGCUGGCUGGUGCAAAGCAUCCUUGGGAGCUUCUUCACUGAGAAAAUGGAAGCCUGGGCUCGUGGUGUCGGGCUUGCCGACGAUGUGGAGAACCUCAAGUCUGAGAUGAGGAACGUGGAGAUGGUGCUUGCUGCAGCCGAGGGGAGGAGGAUUGAGAACAAGCCACUGGCCCGGUCCCUUCAUGAUCUCAAAGAGCUGCUUUAUGAUGCCGAAGAUGUGAUGGACGAGCUCGACUACUACCGCCUCCAGCAACAGAUCGAACAAGGGGAAGGCUGUACUGAUCCUGAGGAGAGUUCUGUGUCUUCUUCCACUCCAUCUUUGCAACUAGCAUGUACUAGUGCCACAAGCCGAAUUGUUGGUUGGUGCAGACGUGACAGAAAAAGGAAGAGAGAGGAAGAGCCAACUUAUAGCACCAUUUCUGAGAGGAUCAGGGGGAUGGUGGAUCAUUUGGGUAAACUUCGCAGUUCUGUGCGGGAGGUUCUUCAGCUAGAGAUCUCACGCCCCAUUACUAUGGCAAACCAGAGUCAGUGUGUGGUCAGGAACACGCGCCUGACAACUUCUUUUCCAGUUGAAGACAAGGUAUACGGAAGGGAUACGGAGAGGGACAAGAUAGUAGAUCUGUUAAUCAAAGGGAAAUCUAGUGAUCUACGAGUUCUGCCUAUAGUUGGCAUCGGUGGUGUUGGGAAGACGACACUUGCUAGAUUUGUUUACGGUGAUCGAAGAAUCAAAAAACAUUUUGAUCUGCGAAUGUGGGUUUGCGUCUCCACUAACUUUGACACAAUGAGACUAACGCGCGAGAUCUUGGAGCAUGUAUGCACAGAUAGACAACAGUUCGAAAAAAUCACCAACUUCAACGUGCUGCAGGAUAUCCUUCUGAAGAAUCUUGAAAACAAAAGGUUCCUGCUUGUAUUUGAUGACAUGUGGGAGGAAAAGGACAGGAGAGGAUGGUUUAGUCUGUUAGCUCCACUAAAACACAAUCAUGUACCUGGCUGCAUGAUUUUAGCAACAACUCGAAGACCAUCAGUUGCAAAAAUGAUAGAAACAAUGGAUUCGGUAUCAGUGAAAGGUCUGGAUGAAAAAGAAUUUUGGCUGUUCUUCAAGGCAUGUGCAUUUGGUAAUGAAAGCCAUGAGGGCCAUCCUAAUUUGCAGUCCAUUGGGCAGCAUAUUGUCAAAGCACUAAAGGGUUGUCCACUAGCUGCACGGAGUGUUGGUGCUCUUUUGAACAAAGAUAUUACCUACGAGCACUGGAGGACAGUUCAAAACAAAUGGAAAUCUCUUCAAGAAGAUACUGAUGAUAUUUUACCUAUCUUGAAGCUCAGUUAUGAUUUUUUACCGGUGCACCUGCAGCAGUGUUUCUCAUACUGCUCUCUGUUUCCAGAGGACUAUAGAAUUAAUGGAGAAAAUUUGGUCCGUGCUUGGAUAUCACAAAAUUUUGUGCAGUGUGAAGACCCUACCAAGAGAUUGGAGGAAACAGGGAAGCAAUAUUUGGAUAACUUAGUGGAUUUAGGCUUUUUUCAAAAGGUUGACUCGGACUAUGUCAUGCAUGACCUAAUGCAUGAAAUGGCUCAGAUGGUUUCGCUAACUGAGUAUGCCACUAUAAAUGGAUCCAAAUCUAUGGCCAUUAAACCAAGUGUUCGCCACUUGUCAAUCAUAACCACUGCUUAUGAGAAAGAUGGACAUUACAGUAUCCCUUGUGACAAGUUUGAGAACAUACUAGAGAAUAUUGGGUCCUCAGAAAAAUUGAGGACCCUGAUAGUUUUCGGCAGAAGCAGCAUACAUUUAUUAAGGCUCCUACACACCUUAUGCAUGAAGUCAAAAAGUUUACGAGUCGUGAGGAUUUAUGUGACACAUAACGACGUCGGCUCUACAAUUAGUUUCUUAAACCCGUGUCAUCUUCGCUACCUUGAAUUUAUUGGUGUCUUCUCCACCACAUAUUUUUGGCAAAAUAUAGACCUUGAAAAGAAUAUUGUUCUUCCUCAAGCUUUGACAAAAUUUUACCACCUUCAAUUCUUCAACGUCGACAUUGGAAGCAAUAUUUCUGUACCUACCAGUAUGAAUAACCUCAUUAAUUUACGGAGUAUUGUUGGUCAUGAGAAAGUGCACUCAGAAAUCGCUGGUGUUGGCAAGUUGACCUCUCUUCAAGGACUAAAAUUGAAGGUCCGAAGUGUUGAUGAAUUUGACAUAAGACAACUUCGAUCCAUGACCAAGCUUUUAACUCUUGAAAUUUCUCAACUUGAAAAUGUGAAGACAAAAGAACAGGCCAGUGGAGCUAGGCUGAUAGACAAAGAGUAUCUGCAAGAGUUAUCCUUAUCAUGGAAUGAUAUCAGUGUGGGCCUUGAUCCUUGUACAGCUAGAAAAACAGAAGAUGUGCUUGAGGGUCUUCAACCUCAUGAGAACCUAAAAAGUCUACGUAUAACUGGGUACAAUGGUGUUAACUCGCCAGCCUGGCUUGCUGGUAAUAUGUUUAUUAAGAUGCUGCAGAUACUUCAUUUGGAGAAUUGCAAUGAAUGGCGAAUUCUUCCUCUCCAAUUGCUUCCGUUCCUUAGGAAGCUGAAAAUGAUCAGGAUGUGGAACUUGAUGGAAAUUUCAAUUCCUUCUUUGGAAGAGUUGGUCUUGAUUGAGAUGCCAAGAUUGGAAAAAUGUCUUGGUACUUAUGGGGUGGAAUUGACCUCCAAACUUAGGGAACUGGGAAAUCCUUCCACUGGGAGGAAUGCGGGCACUCAAGGAUUUGAAGUUAAUGGACCUGCAUCUUGUGAGAGAGUUGUCAGUUCCUUCUCUGGAGAACUUGGAGUUGAUUACAAUGCCAAGACUAGAAAGAUGCAGCGGGCUGACGGCUCCUCCAUCUUCGCCUUCACAGGAGGAACAGAAUGUGUAUCUAUCUAG